CCGAGGGCGGCGCGGCCGGGCGCGGCGAGGUGCGCCGCAGGUGCCCGGCCUAUAUCAGGCGGCGCGGCGGGGCGGCCCCGCUGCCCCAUGGCGGCCCCCCGCCAUGGCCGAGCCGCGCUCCAAGCGGCCCCGCGUCACGCUGCCCGCCUGCCCGGCGCACCGCCCGCUGCCCGGCAGCCGCCUGCGGCAGAGCUUCCCGCCCGCCGUGGAGGAAGGCCUCUGCGGGGUCACGGGCGCGCUGCUGGAGCUCGCCUACAGCCUGCAGGCGCUGGGUGAAAAUUUCGAUCAGUCGCACGUGGCUCUACCAAAUGUAUCAAAGUUCUUCUUACAUCAAGCUCUGGAAGAGAGAAAAGCUGCAGAAGCUUUGAUGAAGUAUCAGCAAGACAGAGGAGGCCAUUACUGUUCUAAAACCAUCCAGAAACCAAACUGUGAGUAUGCAGUCGGUUUGAUGAAAGCCCUGGAAACAGCAAUGGUACAGUGGAAAACAAUGACAAGAUACUUUGAAGAGCUUUAUGCCCUGAGUAUUGAAAAUGCAGAUCCUCAUAGUGCAAACACCAUCAAGAAACAAUUUAUCGGGCCCAAAAUCCAGAAGAUCAAGCUGAUGGGAGAUCUGCUGACCAAUGCUCGCAGGCUUGACUGUUCCCAAGAUGGCAGAAAUAGUCUUGGGGAUUACUUUAUGGACCGGUUGCAGAAAGAGUUCAGAACAGGCAUAGAGCCAGAUUACAGUCAGCACUGCAGCCCCUGCCCACCUCUCCAGCAGUGUACCGGAGCUGCAGAGGGUCUGAAGCGAGCCCAGAGAGAAUCUUCCCAGCACAGAAACAGCAUAGGGCCAAUAUAUGCAACCAUACACUGCACCACCAUGCUGCCGCAGUGUAACGAUGGCACAGGAGCAAAAGUGAAGCAGGGCAGGGAGGGCCCUUAAUGCUGUGGCUGUUGCAGCUACAGAGCAUCUCCCAAGGCAGACCUGUAUGGAGGGUGGACUUGGGACCAGAGCUCAGAAGUUAUGCUGUAUUGCUCCUCCUGCUUUACACCCUGUCUCUGUGACAGAGUCGCAGCUCAAAAUCCAGCCCAUAACAUUAAUUUGUUUAAAUGAUAGCAAGGUGGCUAGUUACCUAGGCUGUUGUCAUUAGUUGCACUUUCAUCUAUGCAAUUCUUCAUAGAAGCCAAAAGCUUUUAAGGCUCUGUUUUAAAGGAUUAAUGGGAUUAGUUAGUGCAAAUUAUUUUUAACAGUAUAUAUAACUUUUAUUU